AUUGAUAUCAAAAUCUGGCGUCACGAUAUCUAGUUACUAAAGUUGGAAAUUGCUUUUGAAUACAUUGUCAUAUCGCAAGUAUAGCUACAGCUCGAAGAUCUGCCUACAUGCUAUGAACACUAAAAAUAGACCUUUGCUAACUUUAUGGAUUGAAUUCCAAGACUUCGGCGUCAGUGUCGACGUGUAGAUUAUAUAAAUACCCGGGGAAGUAGCAUCAUACCGUCUUAUUUGCUGGGUAAAUUUGGAUUGGAACGAUUCAGUCGUGGUGACCACUUUCAAGUAAAUAUCAUAAUCGCAAUGUCCACGGCACAUCGGCCAACGUGGCAUAAUGCCAUAGGCAGGUCACCAGGAGCCAACUUCGGUACUUUUAAGGUAUCGAGUCGCGAUCUGCCGUCGCAUUCGGAAUUAAAGCGCAGAGCACCCCUGGAAAUAGACAGUACAGAAAACAAGGCACAAAAAACAGCAGAUCACAAACGCAAGUUGAGCGAACAUCUGGAAAACAAAGAACGUGAACACCGUGAAAAAAAUGAACUGGAAGAACGUAUCGGUGUGACGCGUAACUUUAUACCACUGGAAGAUGCAGUCAAGUUGCUUAACCAAGAUGUAAAUGAAUUCCCCGAGGAUUCAGAUGACUGCCCAGCUAACGAAGGGUCAGACUCGGAAGAUGACGAUGAAGCCAUGCUAAUGCGUGAACUCGAGAAGAUAAAGGCUGAGAAGGAAGAAGCAAGACAACGUGAAAUAAAAGCAACUUUAGAAUCAGAAGAAGGCAGGGAACGAAUACUGAGCCAAAACCCACUGCUAGCCAAAACAACACAAACAAGAAGAUGGGAUGAAGAUGUUGUAUUCAAAAACCCUAAUCGUGAAGUCAAAGAAAAGAAGGAGUUCGUCAACGAUAUGGUGAGAAGUGAAUUCCACCGAAGGUUCCUACACAAGUACAUAUCAUAGAUCACUUCUUGUUAGUCACGUU